AAGGCAUUCCUUGUUCCAUUUCCUCACAUAAGCUCCUUUGCACCCACAGCACGCCCCAACACGAGCCAGACCACCGGCCGACCCAUUGCCCAGCACCUUCACGCACUCCCCAAAACCAAAGAGCAACAAUGGACCCUUCGAAGAACUGGACGCAGAGCGACAACACCGGCGCCAGUAGCAGCUCCAGCCCAAGCAGCUCCAGCAGCUCCAGCAGCUCCAGCUCAAGCUCCAAGAACAACACCAACACCAACAGCAUGGACAUGGAUGUGGAUAUGGAGGCUGACGCUAUGGAUGUGGCACCCGACGCGUCCAAGGCUGAGCCUGCAUCAAGCUCCAAGCCAGGUGCGCGUGCCAUGGUGACUGCAGAUGACCACGACCCCAGCGACAACUUCCUCAACACCAAUGGAGAGGCCGACGUCAUCCAACUCAUGCAGAACAUGGCUCUGGAAGUGGACCGACGCCACCCAGUGAUUGUGCCGCCGGAAGAAGACAAGCAAGAUGACGACGGCAGCAACACCAUCCGCGUCGACAACGGCGUCCUCGACCUCCGAGGUAUCCUCGUCCCUUGUGUCGAGGGUGACGAGUAUCCGCAAGUCGGAAAAGGGCUGCUGACAACAGCAGACUUGCUUGAGGUGGCAAAGCGGCGCGCCCAGCCCAACACCAACCGCGAGGGGGGUAGACCCGAUCAUGACAACGGCGACGGCGGCAACCGCGGCGAUGCUCGCGUCGAUGACGAUGAUGAUGAUGACGACGACGACGAUGACGACGGUGAACAUGUCGACGAGGACGACGACGACGACGAGGACCAGGACGACGAGGACGAGCGCCCGCCUCUCAAAGUGGACUGGCCCACCAUCUCCACCAUUUGCUUCACGCGCCGCCAGUGGGGCCUGAUGGACACGUGCCACAUUCUCCUCGCGUGCCGGUGGCUUGCUGCAGGCAACCCAGAGUUUACCGGUAUCAACCUGGUUGGCAUCGACCUCAAGCGCGGACAGAGCGAGAACCAACCGCACUGCAAUACCCCUACGCGAGACGACCGAGCCCAAGCCCUGGCUGGCCCUGAGUUCACCAAGCAACUGGUCAAGGCACUUGAGGAGUACAUUGUGCAGAACGGAGGCGUUCCUGUGUAUCACCAUGUGAACCGAGCCCAGGAUGACAAUGUCGUCAGAGCUGGCAAGGCCAGGCUUGCUCGCAACGCUGUCAACGCGCGCCACACCGCAAACGCAGACAAUGCCAGGAUUGCGCGCAGGAAGACGGUCCUGCGCGUGAGAGUGCGUAUGGGCCAGGUCGAGCGAAGGCUCCCACUCGACCACCGUGCCGUGUUUGAACUCCUUCAAGACGAAGCUUGA